GGAUGAGGUUGCAGGUGACGGAAUAAUGAGUCAAAAAAGAAAGGCGACCGGGGAGCUUCCUAGCCCGAAAAGGCUACAGAAGCUACCGACGCUGGAUGAUGAUGUCGACCCGAUUUAUCGAGAGAAAGACUCUGAUGUCGAAUAUGCGUUCUCGGACAGUGACAGUGAAGCGGGCGACAGUCUUCACGAAAAGCCUGCAACGCCCAUGUCGACAACAUCCUCCAGAUAUCCUUCCGAGCUGAAAACUCACCGCUGCCCGUUCGACGGUUGCACCAAAGCGUUCAAUCGCCCAGCACGACUUCAAGAGCAUCUACGCUCCCACAACAAUGAGCGUCUCUUCCAAUGUCCUCACGAGGACUGCGACAAGAACUUCCUCCGGGCAUCCCAUCUGAACCAUCAUGUCAAGAGCGCCCACACAGGGAUCCGAGACUAUGUCUGCGAUCGUCCCGGCUGUGGAAAGAGCUUCGUGACGGGCUCCCGUCUCCGACGACAUCUGGCUGCGCACGACGGGCGGGAUAAGUACCGAUGCACAGAGUAUCCGCCCUGCGACGAGACCUUUCGAAAGCACACGACCCUCCAAAAACACAUUCUGAGCGCCCAUCUCAACCAGAAACCUUUCCCGUGUACGCAUGUUGACCCAGCCAGUGGCCAACGAUGUUCCAUGGCCUUUGAUACUGCUGGACAUCUCCGCGCCCAUGAAAGCCGAGUCCACACCGAGAAACGCUUUACUUGCGCCGAAUGCGCUCAGCGUGCGGAUCUCGAACAAACUACCACGAACACCACAGUAGCAGGAGGAACAGCAACAUUCCCUUCCUACGCCCUCCUCCAAGCCCACAUUCGCGUCGCGCAUCCACCACAAUGCCCGCACUGCCCACUCACCUGCUCCACCACCCGCGAACUCCGCCGCCAUCUGGAAGUCGCCCACGGCAACGUCCCCCUCUCGGACCGCAAAGUCUUUCCCUGCACUGUUCCCGGAUGCGACAGCAGCUUCACAAAGAAGGGCAACCUGACUGUGCACGUGCGCACCGUCCACCAGGGCGAGAAGCGGUUCGUCUGCGGGGAGACGGACCUCUCGGCGUCGAAGCGCGUCGCCGGCUGGCCCGGCGGUGCAGCUCACGGCUGCGGCAAACGCUACGGGAGCAAGCUGGCCCUCGAGGAACACAUUCGCACGGCACACAUGGGAUUCCCGAACGCCAAGGCGGAAAGACGCCAGCGGCUGGGCUUGGCGCCGAAGGUCUCCGCCCAGCAGCGAAGACCGUCGGCGUUGGCAGCGCUGACGGGCGCCGGUUAUGUCGAGGAAACGGGCCGCCAGAUACCGUGCAUGCAGGGAGGGUGCGCGCAUCGCUUCCACCGGAACUACGACCUCUGGGUGCAUAUGGGGAGCAAACAUGGCUACUCGGAGGAUGAGAUUCGAGACCUGUUCAUGCAGAAAGCCUUGCUGGCGGAGGAUGGCGAGCAACAGUCUUCUUCUACUGCUGCUGCUUCUACGACUGCAGCCACGAUGACAGCGGCGAUGAUGGGAGAUCUUUUUGGGCUGUACGGAUUGGAGUUUGACAACGACGACGAUGGGUCAGGCUACGAGCCGUAUGAUCUUAGUGGGAAGUCGGUUGCUGCCGGCCCAGCGGUUCAAUAUGGGAAUGGGGAGGAGAGUGGUGGUGGUGGUUACACAGCGGGAGAGUUUCCCUCGCAUAAUGACAUGAUACACGAUAUUGAUUCCAAGAUACCCAGCGCGGCGGGUCCUACUGUUGAUGACCUGGCGAUGAUUGAUCCUUUGUUGGAGUUUAACAGCAUGGCGGCAUAA